AUGGUCGUGUUCAUCGUGCUGAGCACACUAAACUUUGUCAAAGCCGCUUUAUAUGUCGUGUCACCGGCGGCUGGUUCGACCUGUCAUGGAGGGCAGCCUUGCACCGUUACCUGGCUGGAUAAUGGCGAGGAGCCUCUGCUGUCCAGCAUAGGAGCAUGUACGGUUGGGCUAUACACCGGAACUGACGAAUUGCUCCAGCAGAUCGAGCCCGUGAAUGUCGGAUCCGCUCACUCUCUCCAAUUUACUCCGGAUCCUGCGGUUGGACCUAACGGCGAUGACUAG